CUGCAGCUUCUGAGAGAGAAAAAUGGCAGCGCCCAUGUUGCUACCUGGCCUGGGCAGGCUCUUUGAGAUGCCAGCGGCGCUGGUGCACGUGAGCCGAGCUUACAGCAAGCCCCAGGCCUUCACGGAGGUUCUACAACUGCCAAAACGGCAAUUGACGAAGUUUGUGUUCCCAUUGCAGGAACUUCAGCGGCACCUCCUUUCCGACUCCACAUCCGACCUUCACCUGAAGACCUUCGACCCGAGCCUGGAGGACCUCGCGAGGGCGGAGAGCUUCUUUACGGCCACUACGGGGAACCGCAUCGAGUACCUCAGUUCCGCUGUGCGUCUGGACCACGCCCCGGACCUUCCCCGCCCUGAGGUGUGUUUUAUAGGCAGAAGCAAUGUUGGAAAAUCCUCUCUAAUAAAGGCUUUAUUUUCACUGGCUCCAGAGGUUGAAGUCAGAGUCUCCAAAAAACCGGGUCACACGAAGAAAAUGAAUUUUUUUAAAGUCGGAAGAUAUUUCACAUUGGUGGACAUGCCAGGUUAUGGCUAUAGAGCACCUGAAGAUUUUGUUGAUAUGGUAGAGACCUAUCUAAAAGAACGAAAGAAUUUGGUGAGAACAUUUUUGUUAGUGGAUAGCGUUGUCGGAAUUCAAAAAGCAGACAGUAUUGCCGUAGAAAUGUGUGAAGAGCUUGCGUUACCUUAUGUGAUGGUAUUAACAAAAAUUGACAAAUCUUCCACAGGACAUCUUCUAAAACAAGUGCUUCAGAUCCAGAAAUUUGUUAACACUAAAACACAAGGAUGUUUUCCUCAGUUGUUUCCUGUAAGUGCUGUGACCUAUUCUGGAAUCCAUCUGUUGAGAUGCUUUAUAGCAAAUAUAACAGGACAUCUUAAGACUUAAUGGUGUCUAGUUGAGCUGAAGACUCAAAAUUUUUUAUGCCAACUGGAGCUAAACACCUAGAAUUUCAGCAUUGUUUUAAAUGUUGCAUGUCUAUAAUCUGCAGGGGAUCAGUUCACCUCUUACCAAAGCAGGAAUGAAUUCUGUGCCUGGCAGGGGGGUGGUUUAUAAAUGAUUGAAUUAUGCCUUCAUUAGAACAGGUGCUAGCAGUUUUUCUUAUUUUAACAAACUGACAAGAGCGGCAUAUAAAAGUCCAUAAGGUGAAAACCUGUUUACUACUGUGUAGAGAAGGGUUUCCAUGUUACUUAUUGGGCUCUGUUUUUUAAAGAAAAUGUCUAUUAUGCAUAUUUUUAAAUAUUAAAAUGGAAUAGGUCAAAAAGGGGUUAGCUUUCUGUUAAGGACUGAUAGGUAAAUCGAAGAUAAAUGCUCCUAUUUGUAUGCCUAUAAUUUAUCUAUUUUCUGAAUCCUUAUUUGAAUUUUUAAAUUAUUAUUGAUAAAAUUUUAGUCAGUGCAUGCUGGAAAUACCAGUAAAUUCAGUCUGGGGUCAGUUACCUUCAGCUUCACAAGGGAUUCAGAAUCAGAAGACCAGAAUUUAAGUUCCAGUUCUAUUAUUUUUUUUAUAUGCUGGACCUUGAUUUCUUGAGCUCCAUUUGUAACUCUAACCUCACAAGCUAUGAAGAUGAAAGCAGUGUAUGCGAAAAGGACAUUUUCAUAUUCUGCAUAUUCAUAAAGGGAAACCAAUCCAAGAAUACAGCUAAAUGCACAGGUAGAUUUAUCACAGAAAAUAUCUUAUCAUGGAGGAAGCAACAUUUUCUCUAGUGAAAAACAAAAAAACAAAAAUAAUAGUUCUGAGAAAACUGGUUUGCAAAGCAUGAGAAUAAAGUUGAUGGGACUAUUUAGAAUCAGUACAUUAAGAUUCACAAUGGGAAGAUAAAGCCUUAACUUUGAACUAAAGUUAAUGGAAAAGAUUUUUAUGAAGAUGCUACUGCCUUUUCAUAUAAGUGGCUUAGUUUUUCAAAGUGAAGCUGAAUAUUAUAACGUUGUAGCAACAGCUCUGAAUUAAAGAAAUUAAGACUGUAAAAAUUUUGUGGCUUUUUUAGAAAAUUCAAUUUGAAUAUAUUUUCAGUUUUCUAAUUGAUAGCACUGGUCUUUUCUAACCAUCAGCAUUUUAAGCUUAAAAAACACACACACACACACAAAAAACACUUUAUUUGAUCAUUUGCAAAGUAAAAUAUAUGGUGACAACAGAAUUACCUUUCUUAGAAGUCAUCUUUCUGUUUGCCUGUGUUACUUUACCGCUUAUCCUAGCCUUGGUUCUCCUAAAAGCAUAGCUUGAGACUGGCAUGCAAUAGUUUAUUUAGGAUGUGAUCCCAAGGAACAAGGAUGAUGGGGAAAUGAAACAGAAGGAAGGAAAGCUCAUCAAGGAUGCACUGAGUUGGAUACCACAUAAGCACUAGUACUUGAUUUUGAGGGACCUUCUGAGCAGCUUAUGAAAUGUGCUUCUGAAUUGUCUUUGAAGGAGGAAAGGGUGACCCCACACCUCUUCCAAGUCAAUGCGCCCAGGUGCCAAGAAGUUUCUGCAGCUUGGUCAAAAGCCAGGCAGCAGCCCUGGCUGGCAUAGCUCAGUGGAUUGAGCACGGGCUGGGAACCAAAGUGUCCCAGGUUCGAUU